AUGGCUGAUAUGACUGCUAAGACAGUUAACAGCGAGAUACAAAAAUAUGUACGAUAUGAAAGUGACUAUAGUUGGUUUUUAGACAAUGACUGUGAAACUCAUGGAACUUCAUGCCCUCCUCCUAAUACGAAUUCGCAUAUUGAAACGGUAUACUGCUAUCUUGAAAAGAAUAUGAAUAUGGUUGAUGGAUUUAUCAACAAUUACUUCAGUUCGUUUGAUGAGGAUUUAAAAAAUAAACUUCGAUCCCUAGUUUACACCCUAUUCGUCGAAGGAGGAAAAAAAGAUAUUUCUAUUUCUUACGAACAUGGGGGUUCCAUUGUAGGAACUUUGAUUCAGGUCAUCGGAUGUUCAAUCAAUGAAAACACGUUUCAUGCUGCUUUAGGAAUCGUUAGAUAUACAAAAACAGCUAGUUCUGAUCAUUGUUUCAGUCCAGGUUAUUGGAAGGCGAACGAAAGUAGGAUAGAGAACGCGUUGCAAUAUAUGUUUUAUAAGGAUGUGAUCAAGCGGAUUUAA